CUUAACAGAGCCUGUUGGAGUCUGUGCCACAACCUGAGGGGAUCCCAGAGAGGAAGAUUGAUGAGCUCUAGUCUGUCUGCCUACAAGAACCAAUCAACCUCUCCCUAGCUUUUCUCUGGCACUUGGAGCGUCCCAUGUGGGAUUUCUAAGCUCAUCUGUCUGCUCACUGAACCAAUUUUUUACUUUUCAGAUGUAAUCGUUUUCUGUAAAAAUGUUUUAUUUGCACAAAAUAAUUUCCAAAAUUUUAAUGGAUAAAAACUUCUUUAGUAAGAUUUUAGUAUUUGCUAUAUUUAGUGUGUGCAGUCUGUGCUCUGUGCCAUGCAGUGCUGUUUGCACACCCUGUACCAUACGCUAGAUAUGUGAGCAGUAACUGCUUGUGUGUAUAUGGUGGGGGAUGUGUUUUUGUUUUUUCUCUGCAGAAUUUCAUGAUUAUAACAUGGUCAAUUUCCUGGUCUGCUCGCAGCUGGUAGCACUGUUGCCAUCAUCAGCCGAGAGAGGCUGUUGGACAGGAGUAAGUGUCUGCGUUUUAGUUUAUAAGUGCCUCGGAUGUCCUUUUCACCAUUCAUAGAGCCAUAGAAAUGCUGGGCUAGAAGGGACCUCAAGAUGUCAAUAAGUCCCGCCCCUGAUCUUGGGCAGCACCAAGUAAACCUAGACCAGUCCUGACAGGUGUUUGUCCAGCCUGUUCUUAAAAACCUCCAAAGACGGGGAUUCCACAUCCUCUCUAGGCAACCUGAAGUUGGGCAUUUUUCUAAUGUUGCGUUUGUAGACUGUACCUCAAUUUCCCCCAUGUGCUGCAUGUCUAACCAAGGUGGGAGGGGGGACGUCUGUUGUUGCAGAGGACCAGGUGUGACCCAGUCUAGCAGCUGGGACCCCAGACCAGGGCCUUGACACUUUGUAACUUAGCGACUGAUGACCCGAAGGCCCAUCCCAACUUGGAGCCAGACAGUUAUGAGCAGCAGAGAGAACAAAGAGCUGAAGAGAGGAUGAUCUGGAGAUUGGUUUGUCCAGGAAAGAAGACAAAAAGAGUGGAGGUGGGGCCUCGGAGGUGACACAGGGUGGGCUACAGAAAGGAGUCGUCACUUCUGGGCUGGGAACAAAGAGCAGCCUGAGCCCAUCUGGAAGGGGACAGACCCAGAUGGACACCCCGGAGAAGAACAUCUUGCGCUGUGCUGCAGAUGUACAAUAAACACUAAUGUGUUGCUCUGGCUGAGAAUCACUGCAGGCUAGAGAGAGGUAGGAAUGCUGAAGGCUCAGACAUGCAGUACUGGGAGGCAGAGGAGAAGCCUACAGCUUAAACUCUGAGGAAAGAGAGCUCCCUUACAUAGGGUCAAUACUAUGAAGUAUGGUUCCUCCCAGGAGCCAAGAGAGCACUGGCCUGUGAGUCUGUGACAACCCGUUCCACAGCUAACUCAUUAUAGCUAGAAGGGUUUUCCUAAUGUCUAACCUAAAUUCCCCUUUCUCCUACUAUCAGUGCACCUGGACAACGAUUGGUCACCGUUCUCUUCGUAGCAGUCCUUAAUGCAAGGGUAGCUAAUUAUUUUUUGUCAAGGUCCAAAUUUCUUGGUCCAGAUAUAGUCACAGUCCAGACUCAAGAGAAACAUUUAUCACACCACAAGUGCCCCUGUUCAGUGAACACAUGCAGUGCUGUGAAAUAUACUCAGGGCCUAUGUUGUUUAUAUUCUUGGUGCAUUAUAGAAAAAUAAAAUCAAACCACUGUAUAGCCUAAAAUAACCUCGAAGAAAGAUGUAAUUUGUCUGAAACUUUGAGAAAGUAUUUAGAACAACGUCAAAUAGAUGCAAAUAGUAGCAUUAAAAAUACUUUUAGGCAACAUUAAGUUUUGUAUGAGUUUUGUCAAAUGCAGUUAUUGUAGGCAUAUCUGCAUAUAGAUAAACAUAUUCAAAAUUUUUUCAGCUUUUUGUCUUUUUAACAUAAGUAUCAGAAUUUGAAAGAAACACUUAGUACACCUGAACUCUUUUUAUGAUUCAAGCCUUUCCAGUAACACCCACCCACCACCAGUUCUGCUGCCAAGCCAGUUUUCCUCAUUGUGUAUUUGGUUUUUCUUCCCUAUGUCUUUGUUGAAUUUCAUUUUGUUGUCUAUUGCCCAGUUCUUCAGUUUAUCCAGAUCCUUCUGAAUAUUAGCUCUAUCUUCCGAAGUGUUAACUGCCUACCCCACCCCUGCAGCUUGUGUCAUCUGGAGCAUUGGUUAGUAUGCUCUCUAUACCUAAAUCCAGGUCAUUAAUAAAGAUGUUUAACACUGGACCCAGAACAGAUUCCUGUGGAACCCCACUUAAGACCUCCUCUUGUUACCCUCACAAUUUACAACUUUCUCCUCCCCCUCCGGGUGCAAUGACCCUCUACAGGUUAACAGGACCUUUUUCCUGUGAAAGAGCCUUUUAUCACACAAUGAAUAUUCUUUAACAUGUACAUGUAUUUGUGAUGAGUUCAGUCACAGUGACCCUCUUGGAGACAGUCACUCGAUGUGUUUGGGUACCACUGAGAACCACCCUCCUUCCAGAACGGGUGCCCCUCCAUUCCUGUCGUGGUUAGCCAGACAGUCUAGUCAGCUCUAGCACAGACUCAGAGGUUGCGCCAUGCCCUUCUGCAGUUCACAGAAACAGAUUCACUCAGCCCAGGGACUUCUUGGUUAACAGGGACUUUCCCAGCACCCAGUGCUCAGUCUCUCUGGGAGCCUGAACCCCAAAUAAAUCUGUUUUACUCUUUAUAAAACUUAUACAGGAUAAAUCAUAAAAUAUCUGCCCUCUAGAUCACUAAUAGAUAUGUACAGCUGUUUACCUCCCCCAGGUACCAAUUACUUACUCUGGGCUUAUCAUUAAGCAAAACUGAUUUUAUCAAGUAUAAAAAGUAGGAUGUAAGUGGUUUCAAGUAAUAACAGAGAGAACAAAGUAAGUCACAAAGCAAAAUAAAAAUGAGCAAGGCUAAGCUGAUUAUACUAAGAAAUCAGUUACAAAUGUUAACUUCUCACCCAAGUUGUUACUUGAGAUAAAAUUCUCAGGUCAGAUCCCUUUUGUGACCUGCGUCCAGCCUGUUCUCACCCAUCUCUGUGGUUACAGUUCUUUUGUUUCCAGGUGCUUGCAAGUAUCUUUUUGGUGUAGGGAGGCCAUCUCUUAAGCCAGCUGAAGACUCCUUUUGUUUGCUUCCUCCACUUUAUAUAGAACUUCCCUAAGACUGGAAACUUUUGUUUGAAAUCCCACCCCUCUCUGGAAAAGCACAAGCUGCAAGAUGGGUUUCAGUAUCUGCUGACAGGGUCACAUAUUUCUGUAAGACCCCAGCCUCCAUUCUUCCUGGGUUAGCCCAGCGGUACACAGAAAGGCUUGUAGGUAUAGCUAGUUAGAAAGUCUCUGUUAACCAAGCAGCCCUGAGCUGAGUGCAUCCCAGUUUCAGUGAACUGCAGAGAGGUGUGGCCAAACAAGAAAGAAGGAAAAUGAGUACCAGUAACGAAGCAACAGAGAAAGAAAAUGAACAUAAGAGACAGCUGGAACUAAAACAAUUAGAAAUUAGUAUUUUGGAGGCAGAAAAUGCAAGGGAAGAAACUGCUCACAAGAGAGCUAUGGAGGCGAAACAAAAAGAGAUGGAGGAGAAGGAAAAAGAAGAGAGAGCCAAAGAGGCUGACCACUGGAGGGCUAUGGAGAUCCAGAGGGAGGCCCACAAGCAGACCCUGGAAUUAGCAAGGGCUAAGCAGGAUGUGCCAACCAACCCUAACAACCCUUCUCCAGGUACUGUUUCCCAUCUCAGAAAAUUCCCCACCUACAAGGCAGAUGAUGAUAUUGAGGCCUUAGAAAAUUUCGAAAGGGCCUGCCAUGGGGACAGCAUCACUACAGACCGGUACAUGAUAUAGCUGAGGCCACAGCUCAGUGGACCCUUAGCAGAGAUGGCGGCUGAAAUGCCUAAGGAACUCAUGAAUGAUUAUAAACUUUUUCAAACCAAGGCCAGAAUCAGAAUGGGGCUAACACCUGAGCAUGCCCGUCGGCAGUUCAGAGCCCUAAGGUGGAAACCAGAUGUGUCAUUUACCCGACACGCUUACCACAUUGGAAAGAAUUGGAAUGCCUGGAUAUCAGGAGCAAGUGCUAACUCUCUGGAAGAGCUGUCCUUCCUAAUGCAAAUGGAACAGUUCUUAGAGGGUGUUCCUGAGGAAAUAGAAAGGUACAUCCUAGAUGAGAAGCCCAAAACUGUAACCGAGGCAGGGGAGAUUGGAGCCAAAUGGGUGGAAGUGGCAGAAAAGAAAAAAACUACUAACAGUUUGGGCGAAUAUCAGAGGGGACAAACUGAAACCAAACUCUAUCACCGAGGGCAACCCAAGGCCCCACCUACAACCCAAGAAAAGCCCCAGACACCUUAUUAUCCCACCUCACCAGUCUCCAGCAACCCCCCUCAGCCCAGUGACCAGUCAGCUGGGUGAUGUUUUAAAUGUAAUGAACUGGGACAUAUAAAGACCUACUACCCCAAGAACCCCAACCGAUUACAGUUCAUUACACCACAAUCACCCCAAAGAUCCCCAGGCCCAGAUGCCUCUCAAAUACCCUCGUAGCGAAGGGAAACCUUGAGAGUAGGCGGAAAGAAGGUUAUCACGUGGAGAGACACCGGGGCACAAGUGUCAGCUAUCCACCAAUUCUUAGUGAACCCCAAAUUCAUCAACCCAGAGGCCCAAGUGACAAUUCACCCAUUCAUGUCAAAAUCUUUAAACUUGCCUACAGCUGAGUUACCUGUCCAGUACAAGGACUGGUCAGGAAUGUGGACUUUUGCAGUCUAUGACAAUUAUCCCAUCCCCAUGCUACUGGAGGAAGACUUGUCCAACCAUGUGAAGCUGGCCAAGAGGGUGGGAAUGGUCACACGCAGCCAGGCCAAGCAAGCUUCCACACCCAUCCCUGUUCCUGAGCCAUCCACAAGGACGCCAUCUGUGUUACCAGAGACCCAGACAGAGGUGGUGAAACUGGAUCCCCUGCCAAUGACUGGAACAGCCAUAGUGCAUCCAGUCCCAGAACCGGAACUGGAAAAGCAACCAGCACCAGAACCGUUGCCAGCACUGACUCUAGCACUUGCAAACUCAUCUACAACUCCAAUACCAGAGGGCACCAGCGGGCCUGAACUGACAGAACCAGCUGACAACCCUACCCAAGAGGCUCAGCCAGAGCCUGAAAUAUCACAUAGUGCACCAGAGGAAAGCGGUUCACAAUCAACUAAAACAGCCGCAUCACCUACAUUGCUUCCAGAGGGACCAAGCCCAAGUCCACAGUCUAAGGAGGAGCUGAUGUCUUCAGCCUCAAGGGAACAAUUCCAGGCUGAGCAGGAAGCAGAUGACAGCCUUCAGAAAGCUUGGAUGGCUGCAUGGAGCACCCAACCGCCUCUCAGCUCUUCUAACCGAUCCCGAUUUGUUGUAGAACAAGGACUUUUAUACAAGGAGACUCUUUCUGAUGGACAUCAGGAAGACUGGCAUCCUCAAACACAGUUGGUAGUUCCAACUAAGUACCAAGUAAAGCUCUUGAGCUUAUCCCAUGAUCCUCCUAGUGGUCAUUCUGGGGUGAACAGAAACAAGGACCGGUUGGAAAGUCUUUCCAUUGGGAGGGAAUGGGCAAGGACGUUGCUAAUUAUGUCCGAUCUUGUAAGGUGUGCCAACGAGUGGGAAAGCCCCAAGACCAGAUCAAAGCCCCUCUACAGCCACUCCCCAUAACUGAGGUCCCAUUUCAGCGAGUAGCUGUGGAUAUUCUGGGUCCUUUCCCAAAAAAGACCCCCAGAGGAAAGCAGUACAUACUGACUUCCAUGGAUUUUGCUACCUGGUGGCCGGAAGCAGUAGCUCUAAGCAACACCAGGGCUAAAACUGUUUGCCAGACCUUAGCAGACAUUUUUGGCAGGGUAGGUUGGCCCUCCGACAUUCUUACAGAUUCAGGAACUAAUUUCCUGGCAGGGACCAUGAACAAUCUGUAGGAAGCUCAUUGGGUGAAUCACUUGGUUGCCACCCCUUACCACCAUCAAACCAAUGGCCUGGUGGAGAGGUUUAAUGGGACUGUGGGGGCUAUGGUACGUAAAUUCGUAAAUAAACAGUCCAGUGAUUGGGACCUAGUGUUGCAGCAGUUGUUUUUUGCCUACAGGGCUGUACCACAUCCCAGUUUAGGGUUUUCACCAUUCGAACUUGUGUAUGGCCACGAGGUUAAGGGACCAUUACAGUUGGUGAAGCAGCAAUGGGAGGGGUUUACGCCUUCUCCAGGAACCAACAUUCUAGACUUUGUAAGCAACCUACAAAACACCCUCUGACACUCUUUAGCCCUUGCUAAAGAAAAUCUAAAGGAUGCUCAGGAAGAGCAAAAGACCUGGUAUGAUAAACAUACCAGAGAGCGUUCCUUCAAAGUAGGCGACCAGGUUAUGGUCUUAAAGGCGCUACAAGCCCAUAAGAUGGAAGCGUCAUGGGAAGGGCCAUUCACGGUCCAAGAGUGCCUGGGAGCUGUUAACUAUCUCAUAGCAUUCCCCACCUCAACCCUAAAGUCUAAAGUGUACCAUGUUAAUUCUCUAAAGUCCUUUUAUUCCAGAGAACUAAAGGUUUGUCAGUUUACAGCCCAGGGAGGAGUUGACACUGAGUGGCCUGAAGGUGUCUACUACAAAGGAAAAAGUGACGGCGUGGAAAAGGUGAACCUCUCCGCGACCCUUGGACGUCUGCAGCGACAGCAGAUCAAGGAGCUGUGCACUAGCUUUGCACCAAUGUUCUCAGCCACCCCAGGACGGACCGAACGAGCAUACCACUCCAUUGACACAGAUCCAAGAGGAUUGGAUCUGGACUCACCAGGGAUUGGUGGAGGGAAAGGAGGGGAGAUGGUUAAUUUCACCUCAUUUUAAGAUCCAAGGGGUUUGGAUCUGUGUUCACCAGGAAAUUGGUGAAGUCCCUCAAGGCUACCCAGGGAGGGGAAAGUUUUGAGGGGACAAGGAGUGCUCCAGACACUGACAUUCUGGAUGGUGGCAGCGAUACCAGCUCUAAGCUAGUAAUUAAGCUUAGAAGUGUCCAUGCAGGUCCCCACAUCUGUACCCUAAAGUUUAGAGUGGGAAGGAGCCUUGACAGCUCUUAAAAUCGACUUCUGUACUCCUCCCCGGCGAGGGGAGUACUGCUAAAAUUGGCCUUGCUGGGUCGAAUUUGGGGUAGUGUGGAUGCAAAUCAACAGUAUUGGCCUCCGGGAGCUAUCCCAGAGUGCUCAUUGUGACUGCCCUGGACAGCACUUUGAACUCCAAUGCACUAGCCAGGUACACAGGAAGAGCCCCGGGAACUUUUGAAUUGCAUUUUCUGUUUGGUCAGCAUGGCAAACUCAGCAGCACAGGUGACCAUGCAGUCCCCCCAGAAUCGCAAACGAUCUCCAGCAUGGACUGAAAGGGAGACUCUGGAUCUGAUUGCUGUAUGAGGUGAAGCAUCUGUGCUUGCAGAACUCAAAAAGAAGAAAUGCAAAUAUAAUUGCCAAAAUCACACAGGGCAUGUUGGAGAGAGGCUACAACAGGGACACCCAGCAGUGCCACAUGAAAAUUAAGGAGCUGAGGCCAGCCUACCAAAAGACAAAGGAAGCAAACAGUCGCUCCGGGUCAGAGCCCCAUACAUGCCACUUCUAUGAUCAGCUGCACGAUAUUCUAGGAAGGGACCCUACCACUACCCCACCACUGUCUGUGGACAUCUGCAAGGGGGGAGACUCACGCAACAGGGAGGAGGAUUUUGUGGAUGAGGAAGAGGAGGAGGAGGAGGAGAAUGAGCAACAGGCAAGCAGUGACUCUGUUCUCCCCGACAGCCAGGACCUUUUCAUCACCCUGGAGCCAGUACCUUCCCAAGGUGGGAACCCGACCCUGAAGCUGGAGAAGGCCCUUCUGGUGAGUGCACAUUUGUAACUACAGUACAGGGUUUAAAAGCAAUAGUGUUUAAUGUUUGAUUUUCUCUGAAGACUUGGGAUGCAUUCACAGCCAGUACAGCUACUGGAAAAGUCUGUUCACAUAGACUCAUAGACUUUAAGGUCAGAAGGGACAAUUAUGAUCAUUUAGUCUGACCUCCUGCACAAUGCAGGCCACAGAAUCUCACCCAUCCACUUCAAUAACAAACCCCUAACCUAUGUCUGAGUUACUGAAGACCUCCAAUUAUGGUUUGAAGACCUCAAGCUGCAGAGAAUCCUCCCACAAGUGACCUGUGCCCCAUGCUGCAGAGGAAGGCGAAAAACCUCCAGGGCCUCUACCGAUCUGCCCUGGAGGAAAAUUCCUUCCCGACCUCAAAUAUGGCUAUCAGUUAAACCCUGAGCAUGUGGGAAAGACUCACCAGCCAGCACCAAGGAAAGAAGUCUCUGUAGUAACUCAGAUCCCACUCCAUCUAACAUCCUAUCACAGACCACUGGGCAUACUUACCUGCUGAUAAUCAAAGAUCAGUUGCCAAAUUAAUUGCCGAAAUUAGGCUAUCCCAUCAUACCAUCCCCUCCGUAAACUUAUCAAGCUUAGUCUUAAAGCCAGAUAUGUCUUUUACCCCCACUACUCCCGUUGGAAGGCUGUUCCAAAACUUCACUCCUCUAAUGGUUAGAAACCUUCAUCUAAUUUAAAGUCUAAACUUUCUGAUGUCCAGUUUAUAACCAUUUGUUCUUGUGCCCACAUUGGUACUAAGCUUAAAUAAUUCCUCUCCCUCCCUAAUAUUUAUUCUUCUGAUAUAUUUAUAAAGAGCAAUCAUAUCCCCCCUCAGCCUUGUUUUGGUUAGGCUAAACAAGCCAAGCUCUUUUGAGUCUCCUUUCAUAAGACAGGUUUUCCAUUCCUCGGAUCAUCCUAGUAGCCCUUCUCUGUACCUGUUCCAGUUUGAAUUCAUCCUUCUUAAACAUGGGAGACCAGAACUGCACACAAUAUUCCAGAUGAGGUCUCACCAGUGCCUUGUAUAAUGGUACUAUCACCUCCUUAUCUUUGCUUUAAAUAUCUUGCCUGAUGCAUCCUAAAACUGCUUUAGCUUUUUUCACGGCCAUAUCACAUUGGCAACUCAUAAUUAUCCUAUGAUCAACCAAUAUUCUGAGGUCCAUUACUUCCAGCUGAUGUGUCUCCAAUUUAUAACUAAAAUUCUUGUUAUUUAUUCCUAAAUGCAUGACCUUGCACUUCUCACUAUUAAAUUUCAUCCUGUUACUACUACUCCAGUUUACAAGUUCAUCCAGAUCUUCCUGUAGGAUAUCCCAGUCCUUCUCUGUGUUAGCAAUACCUCCCAGCUUCGUGUCAUCCGCAAACUUUCUUAGCACAUUCCCACUUUUUGUGCCAAGGUAGAUAAUAAAAAGAUUAAAUAAGAUUGGUCCCAAAACAGAUCCCUGACGAACUCCACUAGUAACCUCCUUCCAGCCUGACAGUUCACCUUUCAGUAUGACCUGUUGUAGUCUCCACUUUAACUAGUUCUUUAUCCACCUUUCAAUUUUCAUAUUGAUCCCCAUCUUUUCCAAUUUAACUAAUAAUUCCCAUGUGGAACCGUAUCAAAUGCCUUACUGAAAUCAAGGUAAGUUAGAUCCACUGCGUUUCCUUUGUCUAAAAAAUCUGUUACCUUCUUAAAGAAGGAGAUCAGGUUGGUUUGGCACGAUCUACCUGUUGUAAAACCAUGUUGUAUUUUGUCCCAAUUAUCAUUGACCUCAAUGUCCUUAACUACUUUCUCCUUCAGAAUUUUUUCCAAGACCUUACAUGUUACAGAUGUCAAUCUAACAGUUACUCGGAUCACUUUUUUUCCCUUUCUUAAAAAUAGGAACUAUGUUAGCAAUUCUCCAGUCGUACAGUAUGUCAGAGAAAAACUCAGUUUUCGCUUUUUCUUUGGAUGCAGCGGAGUCAGAUACUUUAUUCUGUUUAGCAGCUACAACAGGGAGAGAGUGCAGUAGGACAUAGGGUCUCCCCUUCCUAGACAGGUCUCUCCAUAGGUAAACAGUUACAACAAGCUUUUAUACUUUUGUUACAGAUAAUAAUAAGCAACAGCUGCAUUUUGUUUAUAUAUAGGUCAUCCUGAUAUCUUGUUUUUCUCACUUAAGGGACGCCAGUCUACAUAUUGUAUUAUCUACACAAGGUCAAAAAACAACUUCUCACGCAGUUCUUUUCCACUCACCUCACACAAUCCUUGCUUCUACAGAUCUCGCGUUAUUAGGGUUACAGUUAGCCUAACUCUUGGUAACAGAGACUGUCAUGCAUUAAGAUCCCCUACAAAUCCCUGUCAGUUCUUUCUGUACUUCCACACUCCUGCCUUUUGUACUUCUAGUACAACAGAUAUUUUCAAAUCUCUGUUUGCACUAAUCCAUGGAUUUCUGAUUCUACAUCAGAUGUUUCAACCUUAGGAGUUUUCAUUGGAUAUAAUGACCAUGCAUGAUUAGCAUGGACAUGAAAGGUAUUACCAUUAUUAUGUCUUUUACAACAACAAUAACAUAAUCCUAAACUAACUAACAGCAAUACAAGCAAUAACAUUCCCACAGCAAUAAUAUGAUGGGGUUGUUGUACAGUUUUGGUCACAAAGCACAAUAUAUCAUACUUAGUACAUAAAGUAGACACUCUAUAAGCUGUAUGAAAGGCAUUCUUUUCAGCUUGAUAUAUAUUUUGAAGCAUGUGAAUUUGCCCUUAUAUUUCAGAGAUUCUUUGAACCUCUGGUAACAAUGAAAGCAAAUUUUGAAAUCGAUCAGGUACUAAGCUGGUCCAAUUAAAGAGUAUCGGGAAACUAAGGGCUACUUGCAAAAUUCUAUCUGCAGGCCUAUAAACAAUAUGAUUGCCUGCAGUGAUAAUGAGAUUAAAAUGUAUAUCUUGCAAUGUGGUGGUUUUAACAUACACACAGCUAUCAUUAGCUUGAACAGUAGGUGUCCUGUCAGGAUAAUUCCUUGUCCUCUACCCUCCCAGCAAACGUUAUCAUGAACAGUGACAACUUCCCCUGGCUUCAGUUUAUGGAUACACUGAAGCUGUAGGGGUUCUAACAGCCAAAUGUCCAUUGACUCCCUAUUCCUAUCCAAAAUAUCAGGUGUUAUUCUAGGGGCACUGACUAUAAAUCAGUUAGGUAUACUAGGUGGUCUAAUUUCCCACAUGUGUCGGUGAAUAAUCCAGUCCCACAUGCAUCCUCCUCAUGGACCCGUCAAUAUUCGGUAUGUGGGAAACCACAGCCCUCUAACCAGUCCAAAUGCUUGGAAGAAGCACUGUGAAUGUCCACACUUCCACCCAGAAAGUGUCGAAGUAUGUCUCCAUGACAACAGAUCAGAUGGUACUGAUGUGUCUGUAAGGGCAGUGGGCCAAGUCUGGUACUCAAGAUCACUCCGAAUGGCCAUCAGCUGGUCAUUCAGGAAAUCCUGAAUUUCCAAACAUAUUGAAUCCCACUGCAAUGCCUUCCCAGCAUCAGUGAUAUUCAAUACCAUCUCUGUCAGUAACUUCUGGGUCAUUGAACUAAGGGUGGAAAUGACAUAUAACUCACCAACUCCAGCCUGUACUUGGGUUAGCUGAGCUCCAGAGAUAAGGCUAGUGACCUUUUCUAGUGGCCCAAUUUCUCAUCAUGUUCUUGGCUUUUAAGAAUAUUCCAAAUGGCUGCUACACUAUUGGCCCCAUCCCGUAGCGAUCCGGUCAAGUCCCUCUUCUUCCAGAGGAAAUAACCCUGGUCCUCUGUUGUGCUAAUCUAGUGGCAGCCCCUUGUGAGCAAUUUGGGUAUGUAGAGGUGAUCUGGAAACUGGAUAAGGGCAAUGUAAAUUUAACAGUCCCUAAUGUUUUAUUAAUCACAAUCCAUUGAUAUCCUAAUACAUCUCUCUUUGGUGUAGCACUAUAUCACAUCUAUUUAACUAUUCUCAGGUACUUUCAAAAGGCAAUGACAUUAAUAGCAUAGGAGGGGCUGUAUUGCAAUAAGGUUACAUUAUUAGUCACUGCAAUGGUUUCAAUACAGGUAAAAUUUCCAGUGGCAGAACAAACUCUUUGGGUAUUUGUUUAAUUAAUCACUAAUUGGGUGACCAAAUAACAAUAAGGGCUUCUUUCAUGUCACACGGUACAAAUUCCAGUAAUAGCCAUCAUAUCUACUUCACUAUGGAACCCAUCAAUUUCAAUUACAGAUUCUUGGGGUUCAUUUGUAAUGAUAUCAUAGAUUUCCAUUUCCACUGAUCCAUUUAUUCUCCACUUAAUUGUUCACUUAUAUGGGAUAUCCUGAACUUUAAAAAUAUUUUUUUCUUUUCCAAACAAUCUUUAAAUAAAUUGCUAAAGUGUGAAGGCCUUGGCCAUUGGUAUAUAGCAUUAUCUGUAUAUGGAUGUAUUACACGGGUAAUAGUGUAAUGGAGGAGAUGGCAGAGGCAGUGGCAACAAGGUGCCUUUGAUAUUUGUUAUUUAAAAUCCAAUUAGGGAGGGCUAUACAUGCUGAAGGAUUUAUCCAAAACACAGGGCGCAGCCUGUAGAAUAAACCCCAAAAUCCAAUCAAUGUCACAUUCCCAAGCAUGGGUCCCACAAAUUUCUUCCUGCCAGUGUAUAAUUCUUUGUUUCUUCACCAGGAUCAGUUCUUAAUGUCCUUUCUAGUCAGGAAUUCCUGGACUUUGGCAAUUUCAGUGGAGUGAGUGUUCCUUCUUCUUUCCCGAAACAGUCGUGGUUCAGCAUCCUAUAGGGGAGAGGUUACCAGCACAUCACCCUGUAAUGGUUUUGCUUCUUCUAGAAAAAUUCAGAGACACAGUAGGUCUGUUAGUGGACAAAGGAGAGGUUACUAGCUCUUCACCUUGUCCUUUUUCCCUGCUGUCCAGAAGGCACAGCAUACUAGAAGGAGAAAUAGACUAAUCAUCAGUAGGAGAAUUCUCCCAAGGUGGAGGGGUCUAUUUUCAGUGAGAAUCAUGGGUCCACGCAGUCAGCCUUUGGCACUUCACAGUGGUUUUGAUAGUCAGCAGGACUUAAUAAGGGCCUUUCCAGAAUGGAGCCAAAGCAGUCUUUCAUUGGUGGACCUUUACGUAGAUCCAGUCUCCUGGUUCCAAGGAAUGGCAGGGCUGCUAGGGUCUUUGGGUAGCGCUUCUUUACCUGUAAGAAAAGAAACCUAACACAUUUCAUUAGUGCCUGGCAGUGUUUUUCAGAUCUCAUAGCUGUUUGGGCACAUUCACGCCCCCCCUUUUCUUGCUUGUCAGCCAAGUCUUAACUGCGAGCAGUGUCCCUGAAUGGGGCUAGUGUCUUAUCUUUAGCCUGAGCUUGAUAGCUAUGUUUUUUUCCAGUUAAUUCAUUCUGUUCUUUUUCCUUCUUCCCUUCUUGGCUUCUUUUAACUUACAAUGGAAACUUCCACUCUUCACUCAUACACUUUUUCCCGACAACGAACACAUAAACAUUGCCAUUAUACAAUACAUUAGUCUUAUUAUUCAUUGUAUGCCAUAUAUACCCUUCCACUAAAAUAACCUUAUUACAGAGCAUUGGAGCAACAAUCCAGAACAAGCACACGCACUUUGAGGAGUUCACUCAAUACAACCUCUGGUGGCCAAUAGCUUCCCACCAUCCUCAGCCCUCUGGCUAGAAAUCUGAGGUAGCCAGAAGGAUCCCAUGUACAAUAUGGGGAGUGGGUUAACUUUUCAUGUCCUUGCUUCCAAAGACUGUUGGUAUGCAAAUUUUAAUAACAAUUUUCAAUUAAAAGAUUUGACCAAUGAAGUUUCUUUUUCUUACUUAAGGAAAUGUAUUAGACUUUAGUAAUCACAUUUUCCUGAUUUAUUCAAACACUUUGUAUUCCAAGUUGAAUAAAACAAGUAUCUGCGUUUUAAUUUAA